UUUCAUUUUCUUUCUUCUUACUGUUAAUAUGAGACUGGCCGUCUAUGGCUGUGUAUCCUCCAUGCUAGCUAUUGGAGUAGUCCUUUCUGCUAUGCACCAACGUUCCAACUUUUAUGCUGCCUGCAUUCACCUUUCCAAGUCAAGUGCCUGUAUGAUGAUAUUACUCAAUAUGGGUUUUAUAUUAUCAGUCUUGUUUGGAAAGGCUCUACAGACUAUCUUUUUUGGUAGACUAAGAGCUAUUGAAGUCGAGCAUUUGUAUGAAAGAUCAUGGUAUGCAGUGACAGAGACUUGUUUAGCCAUGACUAUAUUUCGAGAAGAAUUUGAUCUGCAGUUUAUUGUGGUCUUUACUACACUUUUGUUCCUCAAGAUUUUCCAUUGGUUAUGUCAAGAUCGUGUUGAGUUUAUGGAACAAUCCCCUACCAAUCGAUUGGCGUUUCAUGCCCGAAUUGUCAAUUUGCUGGCCUUGUUGCUCAUCAUUGAUGUCUUGUUGGCUCACCAUGCUAUUAGUGUCACAUUUGAAAAGGGACCUACUAUGAUGAUUAUGUUUGGAUUUGAAUAUACAAUCCUUAUUUGUUCUAUUGUGUCUACCAUUGGAAAAUACAUCUUAAAUGUGGUCGAUAUGCAAUCAGAACAAACAUGGGAAGGCAAAUCCAUGUAUGUCUUUUACCUGGAUUUAGUGGCAGAUUUUUUCAAGCUGAUUACUUAUCUCGGCUUCUUUUUGUAUAUCUGUCUGAACUAUCAAUUGCCUCUUCAUAUUAUUCGAGAUGUGUAUGUUACCUUCAGGUCCUUUGUACAGAAAUGUAGAGAUCUUUAUCGAUACCGUCGUGCUACUCGUAAUAUGAAUGAGCUUUAUCCUGAUGCUACUGCAGAAGAUUUAAGUCGGUCAAGCGAUAGUACAUGUAUUAUUUGCAGAGAAGAAAUGCAAGUGACUGAAGUGACUGAAGUGACUGAAGAGGAGAAUCCUGAAGCUGCUGCUCAUCGAGAACAGAAUUUGGAUCAACCCAAGAAGUUGCCUUGUGGACAUAUAUUCCAUUUCCACUGCUUAAGAAGUUGGCUAGAAAGGCAACAGACAUGUCCUACAUGUCGUCGCUCUGUAUUAGCAGAAAACACUACAGCUGAUCCAGCUCAACCUCAGCAGCCUCAGCAACAGCAACAGCAACAGCAACAGCAACAGCAGCCUCAGCAACAGCAGCCUCAACAACAGCAACAGCAACACCCUCAAUCUCAACAAGCAAAUACCAGUGUCUCUUUCCCUUCCAUUACAUCAAACCAACAACCUUCUUUUAGUGUACUUACACCUUCCAACCAACCUUCUUCCAUACCUGGAUUAAUUCCUUUAGUCCCAAUGCAUCAAGCUCAGACUACAAUACCUGCCAAUUUAUCUGAGGAAGAAUUGCGUAUCUUAUCAACAACCACAAGAGAAGCAAUAGAACAACGCUUCCGUAUUUUGGAAACUGUACAAAACCAAAUAUUCCAGUCUAUGCAGACACUUGCUCAAGUCAUGAGUAUCAUGCCACAAAAUGAAACUACAGAGAGUUCUGCACCACCACCACCAGCAGACGAAGCAAGUGAAAAGAAAAAAGGAAAAAUGCCUGAUCAUGGUCCAAGUAGUAGUAGUCAACCUUUAUUUGAAGAACAAUAAACUUUUUUUUUUUAUUUUUUUU